AGGAAAAGACCUCAACCUUGCCUUCGACGCCCUCACCUCGCAACGCCACACCCCACGAUCCCUCACGAUGGCGACCCUCGCGACCGCUUCUCGCCUCUGCCUGCGCGCGGCUGCUAAGCCCGUCGCUCCCGCCGUCCGCGCCCUGAGCACCACCGCUAUCCGUCCCGACAGCGCGUCCGCCUCCGGAUACUCCAGCCCCUUCAAGUUCCAAGGAGAGUCCAAGGGCUCCCAGAUCCCCGACUUUGGAAAGUACGUCUCUACCGGCAGCGAGGGCAAGAACAAGCUCUACUCGUACUUCAUGGUUGGCGCCCUCGGUGCCGUCAGUGCUGCUGGUGCCAAGAGCACAGUUCAGGAGUUCCUGGUCAACAUGUCUGCUUCUGCCGACGUUCUAGCCAUGGCCAAGGUCGAGGUCGACCUUGCCUCUAUCCCCGAGGGCAAGAACGUUAUCAUCAAGUGGCGAGGCAAGCCCGUAUUCAUCCGACACCGAACCCAGGACGAGAUCGACCAGGCCAACAAGGUCAACAUCUCUUCUCUCCGAGAUCCCGAGGAGGACAGCGCCCGUGCCCGACAGCCUGAGUGGCUUGUCAUGCUGGGUGUCUGCACCCACUUGGGUUGUGUCCCCAUUGGUGAGGCCGGUGACUACGGCGGUUGGUUCUGCCCUUGCCACGGUUCUCACUACGAUAUCUCCGGCCGAAUAAGAAAGGGACCCGCCCCUCUCAACCUCGAGAUCCCCGAGUACGACUUCCCUGAGGAGGGCAAGCUUAUCAUCGGUUAAGCGAACGAUGUAAGAGUAAAUCUUUUAUAACGGAGAAACGAUCAAGGAGAGGGGAGUGCAUUAGACUGGCGGGCGGACCGAGGACCACAACACAUACGCAUGCCCACACCGAGGUUCCUGGGUGGGUUCGAGUUUGCUGUUUUCUUAGACGUGGCCUUCUUUGUCCAUUUGUAUAAAAAUAAAACGUCCUAGGAAAUAUUUCAGUCGACAGGCUCAAAGCUAGGGUUGAAGGGAAGAGCAGGAGAGUGCAAGAUGCGUGCUCGCGUGCGAGACGAUGUACUAAUUGAAUUUCAUUGCGUUCAAAUCAAGGGAUGGAUUAUUCUGUGAACUAUG